GUAUAAUUCAGAUUUUGCGUUGUGAUCACUGUUAAUACCAUGCUUAUUCUUGUUGUUCUUGACUGGAAAAGAAAGUGCUUCUGUAUGGAUUUCUCCAUGUGAAUGGAAAUAAGGCUAAUGUAGCAUUGUGGGAGGACCCAAUUCGGGGAAACAGGGUGCCCAACAAAAGAAAAACUUUUGAGUAACAAGCGGUUUUUGUCACAUGGACUUUGAAUUAAGGGACUUGACUUUUUGGGUACUGUAUGAGCGUGUAAGAGUUGUUAAUCAAAACGCAAGAGUAUUAGUUUGAGCAGUACUCUCACAUGCAUGAACUUUCGUCAUCUGUAUAUACAACGUCUCUCCUCUGGAAAUAUGGGUGUCUGGGUUUUCGGUUUGUUUUCUGAGAAUUUUUUCCUAAAUGUUUCUUGGAGGAAAAUCCACCAGUAGCAUAUCUUCGGAAGAAUACCGGUUUUGGUUUAAGUGAAAUUCUCUCCUCUUUGGUCACACGGCAAUGGAUACUGGUGGUAAUUCUUUACCAUCUGGAGCAGAUGGAUUGAAAAGAAAAGUUUGCUACUUCUAUGAUCCGGAGGUUGGAAAUUACUAUUAUGGGCAAGGUCACCCUAUGAAGCCACAUAGAAUGCGGAUGACCCACGCACUCCUUGCUCAUUAUGGAUUACUGCAACACAUGCAUGUUUUGAAGCCCAAUCCUGCCCGGGAUAAGGAUCUUUGCAGGUUUCAUGCUGAUGAUUAUGUCUCUUUCUUGAGAAGAGUCACCCCAGAGACACAGCAAGAUCAGUUAAGGCAGCUGAAGAGAUUUAAUGUUGGGGAAGAUUGCCCUGUUUUUGAUGGUCUUUAUUCCUUCUGCCAAACUUAUGCUGGAGGGUCCAUUGGUGGGGCGGUCAAGUUGAAUCAUGGACAUUGUGACAUUGCUGUAAAUUGGGCAGGUGGCCUGCAUCAUGCAAAGAAAUGUGAGGCAUCUGGUUUCUGCUACGUCAAUGAUAUAGUGCUGGCUAUUUUAGAACUCCUCAAAACUCAUGAGCGUGUUUUAUAUGUGGACAUUGACAUUCAUCAUGGUGAUGGAGUUGAGGAGGCCUUUUACAUCACUGAUCGUGUCAUGACUGUUUCCUUUCAUAAAUUUGGAGAUUAUUUUCCUGGUACUGGUGACAUACGAGAUAUUGGAUUUGGAAAGGGGAAAUAUUAUGCACUUAAUGUUCCAUUAGAUGAUGGAAUUGAUGAUGAAAGUUAUCAAUCCUUAUUUAAGCCAAUAAUUAGUAAGGUGAUGGAAGUUUUCAGGCCUGGAGCAGUGGUCUUACAAUGUGGAGCUGACUCCCUCUCUGGGGAUAGGUUGGGCUGCUUCAAUCUCUCAGUUAAAGGUCAUGCAGAGUGUGUCAGAUUUAUGAGAUCUUUCAAUGUUCCACUCCUUUUAGUAGGUGGAGGUGGCUACACAAUACGCAAUGUUGCUCGUUGCUGGUGCUAUGAGACAGGAGUGGCACUUGGAAUUGAAGUUGAUGAUAAGAUGCCACAGCAUGAAUACAUUGAGUACUUUGGCCCAGAGUAUACUCUUCAUGUUGCUCCAAGUAACAUGGAAAACAAAAAUUCUAGGGAGUUGCUGGAACACAUAAGAGUGAAGCUUCUUGACAAUCUCUCAAAACUACAGCAUGCUCCAAGUGUACAGUUCCAGGAGCGACCACCAGAUACUCAAUUUCUGGAGGCAGAUGAAGAUGAAGAUAAUAAAGACGAACGAAAUCAUCCUGAUUCUGAUGUUAAUGUUGAUUGUGAACGCAAGUCUACGCCUAGAAGGGUGAAGAUGGAAUUUGUUGAAUCCGAGCCAAACCAUAAGAAUCACGAGGCUGUAGAUCAGGUUGCCAGGGAGGUGGAGUCAACACUAAUUGAUUCGACAUGUUCAAAGGAUUCGAUUGCAGCUGCAGAAGCAGCUGGUUUGCCAUAUGUUAAGGCAGAAGAGAGCCCUGAAAACGUAGACGUUGAGGCCGGUCCCAGUGGGAUGGAUCAGCAGUGAUGUUCACUUGAACCUCCAAAAUCAAGAACAACAUGCAUUUGAUGAUCAUCUGAUUAUGGGCGUUCUCUGCGAUUCCGGAGAAUUCAUUCUUGUAUGUAGGGGGUGAGAAAAUAUCAAAUAGUGUAUCACUAAUAGUGAUGUAAAUGAGCAAAAACAGAAAGUAAAUGUUACACCAACUCUUCUUCCUGCUGCAUGACUUUGCUCGUAAGAGGCAUUUUUAUCUUC